AUGUCUUUCAACAAGAAAAGGCUUAUGAGAAGAGUGUUCUCAACAAAUAUUGGAAGUUGUGGCUGUGCAAAAAAGAAAGCAAUUGAAGUCCACGAGCCUAUUCAAAAGACCAAAAUUUCCAUUAGCCAAAUUAGCAAGGCUUCAUCCAACACAACUUUAGGUGAACGAAAGGGUGCCGGUUGUAGCGUCGAUCACAGCGACGAUUUCUCCACCACCACUUUCUCUGAAGCUGAAACUACACAAAACUACUCUCCACACAAGCAUAGCCCACUAUCAAACACUGUGGUCGUUGAAAAGGAUUCUGAUAAUCCAUAUCAUGAUUUCAAACACUCUAUGCUUCAAAUGAUCUUCGAGGAUGAGAUCGAUUCGGAGGAUGAUCUUCGAGUUCUUCUUCGGUGUUUUCUUCAUCUCAAUGAUACUUGUUAUCACCUUGUCAUCGUUAAAGUCUUUAAUGAUAUAUGUCAUGAAGCUUUUUCCGACGACAAGGUUUGUACUACUACUUCGUCUGCUAUCAAACCUUCUAAUAUACAUGUUUAUGAAAAUGAGUAA